AUGGAUUUCGACCUCGGGUGGAAUGAGUACAGGGAUGGUUUUGGUGACUUGAGUGGUGAAAGCUUCUGGCUGGGAAAUGAGAAAGUCCGUCAGUUGACUGAGGAUGAAGACAUCUCCUGGAAGAUUCAAGUCGUGGUUUAUAAGCAGGAACAUGGCGGAAAUAGUGUUGUACUCCGUAACUUUCGCCUCUCGGGUGAAAACUACAUCAUUCACGUUGACAGUUCAAUGAACUGCGGAAACAGUCGUUUCGUUUUAUCUGCAAAUGGCAAACCAUUCUCAACAUACGACAGAGACACCGAUGGUGAAAGUGGGAGGAACUUUGCCGAGGAGUCGCAGGGAGGCUGGUGGUUUGAUGGUUGUGAUGCUGGAGGGUACGGGGGAGAGAUUAAUCUUAAUGCUAAAUAUACAGCUGAUGGGUUUAUUUGCUUUCAAUACCAAGUGCUGUAUAAAAGCCAGCUAAUGAUCCAACGUAUGUAAGGAGAAAUUCAACCACGCAUAAUUUUUACACAAACACAGAUUUGCCAAUGAAUCCGGAACUUCACUGUUGGAAAAUACAUGCACUUUCUGUAAAAAAUAAAGCCAAUCUACCGGAACGAUAGCAAGCUCAGCUGUGGAUCUUAAACAAGUCAUGUAGCUUAGCAUACUGGCCGUGAGAAUGAUUUUUUCUUUUAAUUAAUAAUUUCAAUUCAAAUCAAAGAAAGCUCAGUAAUCCUUGAACCAAACCCCCAGCAUUCAACCAGUUGGGUUAGUGCCAAUUUAAAUGGUUAAUACUCGUCCAUAGAGAGAUAACCAAGUAUGCUGCCUAGAAACCAUUACAAUAGACAAUUGAGCCAUAACUUCUUUGUCUGGUUUGACUUGAAGACAACUUUGACGAGCUAACAUUUCACAUUGCAAAUUAUUAAGCCAGCCACUUGGUACUGUUGCUCAAACUUACAACGGCUCAAAAUGAGUUUGGUGGGAAAUAUUUUCUUAGAGGCCAACCUUUGCAUUACUAUUAUUUUAUCGUUGGCAGGGUCUGGUUUAACACAUCUCUUGAUGACAGUUUUCAAACUUGUGUUCUAUCAAUAACAGCACCUUUCUAACUUGUAAUCUUUGUGUAUGUCUAAAGAUUUAAAACAAAUAAAUAGCUAAACCUCUGGAUUUUGUUCUUUUUCUUUAAGACAUUUUCAAGUUAACUAAUUGGUCGAAAACCAAGUUUCUAAUCUCGUCCGUGAAACAAGGAAGAAAACAAGCGCUGAAUCUCCUCAUCGCUGGUUUACGAAACAGAAAUAAAAACAGGUCGGCAAAACAAUCCUAGUCGUUAAACUAUGAAAGAAAUCAUAGGCAUAAUACUCGGGUGUGAUUCGAACCCAAGACUUUUGCAAUUCUAGGGCAAUCCUAGCUGUUCCAUGUACAUUUUUAGACAUUUACGAAUACGCAAACUCU